CUCAGCUGCUUCAGUUUACAGAUCAGUACGAGCUGAAAGAAGGAUUCAAACAUUCUUCACCUACAAGAAAAUAAAAAGAGGCAGAAAACAGAUUUCACAGCUGUGAAGAAGAAAACGGAGGCGGACUCUGGAUCCUGCAGGUUCCCUCUCAUCACAGUGAGAUCAGAAAGAGGAGCAGGCGCUGACACUCACCGGUCAGAGGAUGUGGAUGUGGCGCAGCGUGCUGUGUGUGUCCCUGGUUUGUGGUCUGGCUCUGGACUCCAACACCAUCAGAUCCUCCAAAGAAUCCACAGCGCAGAGCUCCAAGCAGCUGGAUCGUUCCCAUGGCGACCAGGUGGAGCGAGCAGCACGACGUCGGGCGGAGGCCAAUUUCAACUCCCAUCGACAACCAGCAUCUCCGUGUUCUACACCUGACUGCGACGUACCUGAGAGGGGAGGCUGCAGCAACAGAGCUCAGAGGAGACCAUUCUCUCUGGACAGACACAGAGACAGAGAGACAGACAGACAGAGAUACAGCGACAGCUUCAACAGGACCAAAGCUCCAGAGAUGUCGAGCUGUGUUCGGUCCGGUGACUGUGCAGCCGGCCUGUGCUGUGUCCGCUACCUGACUGGUAAACGGUGUCAGAGGAUCCCGGCGGAGGGCGAGGCCUGUCUGCUGCGAGGCUCCACCAAACUGAGAAGGAACCUGGGACGCUGCGACUGCGAAGCAGGGCUGUCCUGCACCGCCGUCACCCGGGCGGAGCUGGGCAAAAACAAGGGCCAGGGGGUGUGUCUGCCCCGCCUGACACAGGGCCAGAGGAAAACAAGACAUUCUGGGAAGAAGAGGAGGACAGCAGAGGGGAGCUGCUGACACAUACAUCAUAAACUUUUUUCUAAGCUUCUGCUCAGUUUGUAGAUACAAGUUUUAGCUGUUUGAAAAUGUUGACGUGGAUCUGCUCAUGGUCGAAGUUUCAGGUCGUCACAUCUGAGAUGAACUUUUUCUCCAUACGGAGUCACAGGAGAGUCUGGGGCCCUUCAGUGGGGCCCUUCAGUAAAAGUUAAAAAUAUUUUCUCAGAAAUAAAAGUUAGUAUCUUAU